GCACACCCCUCCUUAUCUUCGCCCUCAUCAUCAGUCUGAGAUGGGCUCACCGUAGAACAUACCACACGCUAACAGCAAAAUCUACAAUCUUUAUCAAAAAAUGGCGGCGGCAGCAGCAGCCUUGUCUUUUGCAAAUUGCACACUUUUUACUGCUACAAAAUCAUCGUCGCUGUUGUUUCUUCACAGUUCAAGAACAAGAACUGCAUUCAAUCACUUCACUUACUCUACCACUACCAAUAAAAGAAAUUGGACACGACCAGUCGUUUCUGCUCUUGAACUUGGUGGUGUCAAGAUUGAAAAAGAUGAUGUGGUUAGGGAUGAUCCUACCAACAAUGUUCCCGAUUCAAUUUUCUCCAAACUUGGAAUGCAGCUUCAUAGGAGGAAUCAGCACCCCAUUGGGAUUUUGAAGAAUGCUAUUUAUGAAUACUUCGAUACCAAUUUCUCAAACAAAUUUGAUAAAUUUGAUGAUCUGUGCCCGCUUGUUUCUUUAAAACAGAAUUUUGAUGAUGUCUUGGUUCCUGCUGACCAUGUGAGUAGGAGCUAUAAUGAUACGUACUAUGUCGACUCUCAAACUGUCUUGAGGUGUCACACUAGUGCACAUCAGGCAGAGCUAUUGAGAAACGGUCACACUCAUUUCCUAGUAACUGGAGAUGUCUACCGUAGAGAUUCUAUUGAUUCAACUCAUUAUCCUGUUUUCCAUCAGAUGGAAGGUUUCCGUGUUUUCUCUCCCGCUGAUUGGGAGGCUUCCAGCUUGGAUGCCACAUCUUUUGUUGCUGCAGAUUUAAAGAAAUGUCUCGAGGGUUUGGCAAGGCACUUAUUCGGUGCUGUGGAGAUGCGCUGGGUUGAUACAUAUUUUCCAUUUACCAAUCCUUCAUUUGAACUAGAGAUAUAUUUUAAGGAUGACUGGCUGGAAGUGUUAGGAUGUGGUGUCACUGAGCAACAAAUUUUAAGGAGUAACGGGAGACCUGAUGAUGUUGCUUGGGCUUUCGGACUUGGGUUAGAGCGUUUGGCAAUGGUUCUAUUUGACAUACCAGACAUUCGGCUUUUCUGGUCAAAUGAUGAGCGAUUUACUUCUCAGUUUCAAAGUGGCAAACUGGGAGUCAAAUUCAAGCCGUUCUCAAAGUAUCCUCCUUGCUUUAAAGAUAUGAGUUUUUGGAUUAAUGAAUCAUUCACUGAAAAUAAUUUGUGCGAAAUAGUUAGAGGAGUCGCUGGAGAUCUUGUUGAGGAGGUGCGCUUGAUAGAUAAUUUUACAAACAAGAAGGAAAUGACAAGUCACUGCUAUAGAAUUGCAUAUCGCUCAAUGGAGCGAUCACUUACGGAUGAAGAAAUCAAUGAUUUGCAGUGGAACGUGAGAGAACAAGUGCAGAACAAGUUAAAUGUUGUUUUAAGAUGAGAGUUGCUGAGGCUACUAAACCAAGAACUCAAAACAUGUACAUUUUUUUUUAUAGAGAGAGAGAUUAUGUGAACAUUUAUUUUUGUCAUCAAUUUCUGUAUGAUCAGGUUGAAAUGAUGGUAUUAAGUAAUUGUAUCAACAAGUCAAAAAGUGAGACCAUAUGCGAUUUUGUAAGGUGAAUGUAUUUUUUAACAUUAUGUGAUGGAAAAAAAGAACAAAGGGUCAUUGCAGUCCUGA